CGCCCAACUUCCCAAGUGACAGAUCAAACGAAUAAGAGAGUACUUUGGCCCAUAAAACCUUUAGAGAUGGUUGGUAUAGAGUGCCUGCCAGCUGAAGUGCUUCAGAAGAUUCUGUGUUGCCCACAACUGCGAGCUUCGGACCUCCAGUAUUGUGGUGCUGCAAUUCCUUGCUUCAGGUACAUUGUCAAAAGUCCUGGCAUAUGGCGCAGCAAAUUACGGCUGCACUAUCCCACUGUGGCCAAAAAAAUUGAGGGUACGGAGGUCAAUUAUGAGGCCUACUACACCCGUCUGUGUAACCAGCUCGAAUCCACAUGUUCCAACAUCAUGGCGCUCUCACACGUCUUUGUUUGGUCCUUGUAUUAUGAUUAUGAAUGGCCGGACAUUCCUCAGAGAGCAUUGAGACUCUACUUCAAUUUGUUUGAUAGUGUAGUCGGACCUGACAUGAGUAACUACUACUUGCUUGAUGAGUGUUACAACAUAAUCCAUGGCGGUGACCCAAAUAGAGAACUCACACUCAAGUACUAUGCAAGGAAAAUCUUUUAUUUUCUCAACAAAUCCAUUCAUUUUGGAGUUUUCACUCAGUUUGAUAACAUUUCCAGCAAAAAGAAACCUGAGAGUGGCAAAACUGCAUCACAGUUUAGCUACUACAAAGCAGCUUAUGAGCUUGCAACCAUUAUUCCUAUGCACGAGCGAGUAAUGACUGGUGAACUCAUGAGUGGUCUGAGAGAUCUCACCUCUUGUGUGGAUGAAGCAAUUCUACAGAGCCGGCCAAGACUGUUCAAAAGCAACAUUCUCAGAGUUGAUUACUCUGACAUCACCAAUGCCAGAGGGACCGGUGUUUUCAGCGGGUCAGACUGUGCUUUCAUCUUGAAGCAGAUUCAUGACUGUGUCUACCAUGAGCGAAAGAUGCAUGAUAAUUUCAAGUCAGUGUACAACGGUUACAGAUUCCGCCUUGACACUGUAAUGAUCUCAGGUGUGGGAGACAGAAAACUACUGGUGACUAUUGAGGCCAUCUUGUGCCAGCAUUACGGUAUCUCGUUUGAGGUACAUGAUGAUGGUAAGGGGAACUGGAGAAUUUGUUACUCUGGAUAUGAUGGAAGUACAGGAUAUUGCCACUGUCCUUCCUGUCCAUCAUCAAGUGAUGAUAAUGAUGGUGGCUGCCAGAACAACAUUGUGGUAACUGAACUGCACUUUGAGAGCUCCAUUCUUCAAGCCUUGGUUGACAAGUUUGAAGCAAAUUUAAAGAACGAAUGGCAGUUUGCUGGAGGUCCUACUGUCUACAAUCUGUUGAACGAGGAGACGUACAUUUACUCCAUGCGUUCAAUCUUCAGUGCAUGGCGAUAUGUUGAGCACUGGAAAAUUGCUGAGCUACGACACUACACUGAACUACUGAGUCGUGUGUCAACUGAUGAUGCUGUGCCUGGCAAAAUGCUUCACCUAAAUAUUCUUCUCAGAGUUUGCUCCAACUACACCCUUGAAACUCUCACCAACUUCAGGCGAGAGCUUGUGCAUCCGCCAUCAGGUAUACGGGACCUGCAGGGCAUCGUGGCGAGCGUGAACAUCCGUGCGAGGGCGCGGCUGCAGGAGCUGAAGGCGAUGCUGGAGGCGGGAUACCAGAGGAAGUGCUACUUCCUGGCCACAUUUCACCCUCGCCAAUCGCGGCCGUGGCCCCACGGUUGGCCUGGCAGCGACAUGGUGCAGAAGCGACGCGUUGACCGAAAAAGUUGGCACGUGCAGUUUGCCGUGGGUCAAGUUGUCGAAAUCCGCCGCAAGAUCUGCGUUGCCAACUGCUGCUGUCGCCUCCCACAAAACCGGACCAAAAAUCGUUCAUUUUGCACCAUGCAACGACCUAGACAUGGGACGGUCUCUGAUGACGCGGGUGGAAGUUCAUCGACUGGCAAUUCUAACAGCAGUGGCUCUACUGCUACUCUCAACACUCCGACAAAUUCUACCAUCUCUAAAGAUUCUACAGACUCUACAGAUUCUACAGACUCAACAGACUCUCCUUCCCCUUCAAAGCGCUACCAAGCUGACUGUGAUGGCGACGACACAUGUGAACCCCCGCGUAAAUUGGAAUGCAAACGGAAUUGUACACCUGAAGACUGUACCCGUCACGGGGUUGAAGAGAAGCCCCCAUGCCUAUGUGUAAUAUAUGACUGGGAUUCAAUGUGUGUAGAGAGUGAAGAAACAUUACUGAUUAUGGGGGAAAGUUGUCUUGCGUUAGGCACAGACCAGCCCUUCUACCGAGUUCUGUUAGACGACGGCUCAGCAAGAUAUGUCGCUCAAGAGGCUCUCUCGCACACUAGUAACCCUAGGCCUAUCAGAAACCCGCUCAUAGGCCGGUACUUUAGAGCCUACGUCCAUCCUUACUAUAUUCCCAACAUACAGAAGGCGUACGAGUAUCCUGAAGACGCCACCGUCAGAGAACAGGAUGCCUUCGUACCCUUACUAAUGUGAUUCAGCAUACGUUCGUGGCCCAGUGUUUUCUGUCGUUUUUAUGUGUUGCUUCUAUCCGAAAAUUCGAAAGAACAAAUCAACCUUAUCAUUUGAUAAAUUGGAAUGAGUAUUCCUUGCUCGUUGAAAGUCCGAAUAAAUAAUCCUUUCAUUUUGGUAACUCGUGUGACAUAUUACUGUUUAAUUCAGUUCAUGCAGUACAGUGCCUUGUUUAUAAGCAAUGUUGAAUGACGUUGUGAGAAUUAUGAUCUAUGUGAAAUUCAGCCGAAUUAUUUCAAUUGGCCUGAAUGAUGUUGUUUAUUCAACAAUUAGGCUCGUUAAUUACCAAUCCGAUGUGAUAAAUCAA